AUAUACUCCAUAAUGUCCAGGAUCUCCGUAACUCCUACUAACACGAGUGACGAACGACACUAAAACCACUCCGUGUGGAUGAUCUAUACAGGGAAACGACACUACGGUGCUACCACGGUAUCGACACUGGUGCUAUGCCCCUGUUCCCUCCGCUAAGGUAAGUUUACUAGUUAAGUUAGUACUUUAGCAUGACCUCGUCUAUCGGACUCUCAACCGGUAGUCUACCAGCUUCUUAAAUUUCCAUUGCUUCUGUCAUGUCAUAUCGGCAUACUGCGGUUAGUGGAGCCGGAUGUCUGUUGUCUGUAAAGUCAUUGGCAUCUCCUUCAAUUCUCUGAGUCUCUAUCCGAUCAUCAGUUCCCAAAGUACCAUACACUCCGAGUCCGAAGAUCUUCUCCCGUCCUCGAGCUUUCUCGAUCACUUUCACCAAGAUGGGUAACUCGGACACGUUCCUCGAGGCCGUCAAGGCCCGCCGCACCAUCUAUGGGCUCAACAAGAAAUCCCCCAUCCCCGAUUCACGGAUCGAAGAGAUCGUCCAUCACGCCGUUCUCCACAUCCCUAGCAGCUUCAAUUCCCAGAGCACGCGAUUAGUCGUCCUACUCGGCAAAGAGCAUGAGAAAUUCUGGGAGCUUGUCAAGGAGGUCGUGAAACCCCAUGUGCCAACUCCCGAGGCAUGGAAAGGGUCUGAAGCGAGAUUGAACGGCUUCCAAGGCGGAUGCGGAUCGAUCCUCUUCUUCGAAGACGCAUCCGUCAUCCACGAGUUCGAGACGAAGUUUGCCAUGUACGCGGAUAAGUUCACGCAGUGGAGCGAGCAUACCAACGCCAUGCACCAAUACGUGUUAUGGACCGCAUUGGAGCAGGAGGGAUUGGGUUGCAAUCUCCAGCACUAUAACCCGAUCGUCGACGCGCGUGCGAAGCAGGAAUGGAAUAUUCCGACGGACUGGAUGAUGAAGGCACAGCUCGUUUUUGGUGGACGGGCGGGCGAACCUGGGGAGAAGACGUUCAAACCCCUGGAAGAGAGAGUGUUCAUCCAUGGGAAGUCGUCCUAAUCUCUGCGUCACCUAUACUUCACCUCUUGCAGAGCAACCUUCUGGAUCCAUGUCAAUAAACGCUUGAUAUGGGGUUAGCUAUCUGACUAAUAUCUAAUUACGAAUGCAUUAUACAAUGAUGUUCUGGUCCUCCCCGCGUACCCAUUUCUCUAUGUUCUCCUUUAGAACCCUGUUGAGGUUCUUUUGCGUACUGUCGCCAUACCAGGCAACAUGUGGAGUGGCCGUGAUAUUCAACCCCUCGUUUCGAAUGAUCUCUUCGCUCAAGAUCGGCGUAUCCUCUUCGUCGGCCGGCUCGACUCGAAAAACAUCCGUAGCGUAUCCACUAAUGGUCCCAUCUCUUAACGCUUUCACCAUGGCCUCCUCAUCGACGAUCCCACCUCUCGCAACAUUCACAAUCACCGCCUCCUUCCUCAUCAUCCCCAAUUCUCUCUCCCCAAUCAACCCCGUCGUCU